CCUUUUUGCAUCUUGCUGAUUGGCUUAUGUCACGAAGUAAACAAAUAAGUCGAUGCUCGGGAAAACACCUGCUGAGUCUUCUGUGGGCCAGAACUGCGAAAUUGCUCUGAAACCAUUGUAAAAUGGAGGCUACAUCAUCUGAUUAUGAAGACCACAGGAAGAAAUGGGACAGAGAUGAAUAUGAAAAACUUGCACUGGAACGACUGAAUGAAGAGAAUGAAAAGUCUGAGGAAUUUAAAGAUAAACCUGUGAAAAGAGAUUUGUUAAAAGCAAGAGAUUAUAAAGUUGAUUUAGAUUCCAAACUCAACAAAUCUGUCGUAAUCAGUAAAACAACAGCAGCUGCAGAUUGCGGAGGAUAUUAUUGCAAUGUAUGUGAUUGUGUUGUUAAGGACUCAAUAAACUUUCUGGAUCAUAUUAAUGGUAAAAAACAUCAACGAAAUAUGGGAAUGUCAAUGAAAGUUGAACGUUCCACGUUAUCCCAAGUGCAAAAAAGAUUUGAAAUGAACAAGAAAAAAAUGGAAGAAAAGAAGAAGCAAUAUGAUUUUGAUCAAAGAAUGAAGGAACUAAAGGAAGAAGAGGAAAAAAUGAAAGCUUAUAAGAAAGAAAAGAAAAAGAGAAAACGAAAAGCACAGGAAGAAUUGGAAGUGUCGAAUGAUGACUCUGACAUUGCUGCCAUGAUGGGUUUUGGAGGAUUUGGUGGUGGCAAGAAACGAUGACAGCUGGCUUGCACAGUAUUUUGUGGUAUUUUCAAGUACACAAUUCCAGAUAUUGUGGUAUAAAAUUUUACAGUUUACUUUUUUAUUCUCAAAUAUUCCUUUGAUCAGAAGUGCUGGCAUUUUUAGGUAUUGUUUUUUUUUCGAAAGCAUUGUACAAGCAUCACAAAUUUUCAGUUUCAACAUUUCCUUUCCAGUUUAUUAUACUAUACACUGGGUCAGAAGUCAUAUAGAGGUAGAGUAUUUUUUAAUUCGUAUGACCUAUAACAUUUUUAUCCUAAUGGAAAGGAAAUGUUUCAAAUUUGUGUGUUAGUUCGAUUUGACAAAGCCCCAAGUAGAACGCUUCAGUGGCUCAUGAUAGAUAAAUAUGGAAUAAUUUAAGUUUAUGAAUAUUCAAACUAUUGUAUCACUGUUGUGGAUGUAAAUAAUCUUAGCUCUUUUUUUUGGAAUUGACAAUGGAAAUAUACCCGAGUAUUCUGAUGAAACAGUCUUUACCAAGUAACACUUUUUUACAAAUUCUGAUGUUUUUAAUUUAUUGUCAGUGGGUUAAAUAUGUAUUCUAUUAUGUUUUUCAAUAUUUGGUUGAGAACAAUCUGUUCAAAAACUGUGAUUGAAUAUUUUGGUGUUGUAUCUAAUAUCUACAUGAUAUUGCUGAUAUAGGAUCAUUUUGCACAUACUGAUAGUUGAAAUUUACCAUAUUUUUAUUGAAUAUCCUGAAUGUAGAUAUAAAUGCAUCAAGAUUAUAUCUUGUGAAACUUGAUUUCAGUGUGCAACAAAAGCUUGAGUCAUGUCAGUCAAAUUUAUUAUGUUACAGUAUGUUUGAUAUCAGAAAUGAUAAGAAUGUGUAAAAUUUGCCAUUUAAUUUACUGAUAGGAUUAUAAAAUAUCAUACUGUCUGUCACAAACAUCCAUUUCCCAAUCAGUGAAACUCAUCCUUCAGUAAUUAUUUUUAAAUCUUAUCAUAUUAG